UUAUGUUUCAUCUUCACGCGAAUGUGUGUCAUUGCUAGCAGUAUUGAUGCUGCAACUACUUGGUGUAGCCUUAGAAUUUUUUUUUUCACCGUUGCUAAAUAUAAUAUUUAAAAACUGUGCUUUUUUGUACCCUGUGAAUUUAUAUUCGUAAUCUGGAUUUAUUCAUUACAAUCAGUGUGAGAGAGAGAGUUUUCGAUGUACAGUAGCAAACAAUUCUUCAAGAAAAUUAAACAUUUGUUGACAAACAAAUAUGUGUAAAUUAAGAUUUAAUGUUUUAAAUAAAUUGAUAUAAAUCUUUUCACCGCAUAUCUGUGACUCCCGAAACGUGUCUUAGUUAACUGUAGUGUGAAUUCAUCUCCGCGAAAGCUCAAGGCAGUUUUGUUAUAGAUUCAAUGACAUUUAUCAUUCGAGUAACUCAGCCACUUUACAUUCACAGACAACAGAACAACAAAGAAAGAACUAUUUUAAAAAAAAAACAGAAAAAAAGAUAAAAAGAAGAUACAAUGGGAGCAACAGCAAUUUUCUCACUACUAACAGUAGCAGUCUUUGCCCAGUCAACCUUUGCCUAUGAGCUUCUGUUGGGCAGCAGAGCAGGUGAGUCAUGAGUUCAUUAAGAUACAAAAAUAAUUCGUUAAGUGAGUGUUUAUAAUCUGUUUUUGAACAACAAGAACAUAUUUUGUUCACCAUGUGUUGUUACUUGCUCGAUUUUAUACCUUAGAGAUGUGGUUUUUCCUACCCUAGAGAAACAGUAUUUCAUACCCAAAAGAUAUAGUAUUCCAUACCCUAGAGAUAUAGUAUUUCAUACCCUAGAUAUGUAGUAUUUCACACCCUAGAGUUAUAGUAUUCCAUACCCUAGAGAUAUAGUAUUUCAUACCCUAGAGAUAUAGUAUUUCAUGCCCUAGAGAUAUAGUAUUUCAUACCCUAGAGAUAUAGUAUUUCAUGCCCUAGAGAUAUAGUAUUCCAUACCCUAGAGAUAUAGUAUUUCAUGCCCUAGAGAUAUAGUAUUCCAUACCCUAGAGAUAUAGUAUUUCAUGCCCUAGAGAGAUAGUAUUCCAUACCCUAGAGAUAUAGUAUUUCAUGCCCUAGAGAUAUAGUAUUUCAUGCCCUAGAGAUGUAGUAUUCCAUACCCUAGAGAUAUAGUAUUUCAUGCCCUAGAGAUAUAGUAUUCCAUACCCUAGAGAUAUAGUAUUUCAUGCCCUAGAGAGAUAGUAUUCCAUACCCUAGAGAUAUAGUAUUUCAUGCCCUAUAGAUAUAGUAUUCCAUACCCUAGAGAUAUAGUAUUUCAUGCCCUAGAGAUAUAGUAUUUCAUUACAUAAAACUAUAGUAACUACAAUCAGGUAAGCAAAAGAUGUGCCUGGGGCAAUUUAGGCGCCCUCUUCCCAUAAACAUAUAGAAGAAUACAACUAUUGUUCAUGACAAGGGAUUUUGUCGCCCACUAAGAUGGCGCACGGGUCGGGUGCCUCUUUCACCCCCCACCCUUUUCACAACCGUAAUAAAAUUCUAUAUAGCAUCUCCUUAUUCCUUUCAUUGUCCACUCUCUGACCACAGAUUACAACGCUUUGUGCACCUCCCCUGAGAACAACCAGGUUGUUGGAUUGCCCGCCAGUGCCUGUGACCUUACGAAAUACAUCGUCUGCUGGAAAGGUCAUUAUGAUGAUUAUCUUAACGAGUACUGACACGAAUGAUUGACAUACACAUUUGUAUUUUAUGGGUUAUUUUCAAUGAACUGUUCCAAUUAAAUUUUAUUAUGGAUAUUUGAAUAAUAGACCAUCAUCUUUCUAGUAUUAAAAGACCAAAGGUAAAAAACAUAAAAUUUAAAUUACAUUAAUUAUUAAUACUGAGUAUUGAAAACGGGAUUUAUCGAAUACAACAAUACGAUAUUUUUAACUGGCGAAAAGAAGUGUUUAGAAUGCCCCUUACAAUAAUCCUGAAAAAUCUAGUUCUUACAUUUCCUUAUUUAAGGCAUUAAAAUAAACAAUUAUUUUUUUUAUUUUUUUUAAAGAUUCAAAAUAAUAAAAUAUAAAAAAUCAAUCAAUCUUGGCAAUGAUCAAUAGAGUUGAGAAUGUAAUAAUCCAAAAAUCAAAAUAUAACUACAAUUACUGAAAUAUGAUUUACUCCAUGCUAUUUAACUACAUAAUCUACAAUUUACAAAUUACAGGACAGGCAGCCGUUGUAAUGGACUGUCAAGUUGGCUACAGAUUUAAUAACAGAACUACCUGGUGUGAACUUAAAGAAAAUGUUCCACUUCCAAACGGAUGCUCCGAGACGACCGUACCCAAAACUCCAAGUAAGUUCAUGUCAUUGGUGGCCAAGUAAGUUCAUGUCAUUGGUGGCCAAGUAAGUUCAUGUCAUUGGUGGCCAAGUAAGUUCAUGUCAUUGGUGGCCAAGUAAGUUCAUGUCAUUGGUGGCCAAGUAAGUUCAUGUUAUUGGUGGCCACGUAAGUUCAUGUCAUUGGUGGCCAAGUAAGUUCAUGUUAUUGGUGGCCACGUAAGUUCAUGUCAUUGGUGGCCAAGUAAGUUCAUGUUAUUGGUGGCCAAGUAAGUUCAUGUUAUUGGUGGCCAAGUAAGUUCAUGUCAUUGGUGGUUAAGUAAGUUCGUGUCAGCGGCGGAUCCAGUAAAUAGGAAUGUGUUUGACACUAUUAUAAAUGAUGUUCUCCGAUGUGUCUAAAUACUCCGCCUGAGAAAAUUGGUAUAAUGCAAGACAGGUUAAUGAGCCCACAACAUUUACGAUUAGAACAGUUAAAUGGUGAGACAUUGCAAGCUUUUGAAACAUAACAUUUUAAUAUCAAUAUUUUUCCCUAGCUACUUGCGAGCAGAAUGGUCCCGGAUAUAUGCCUGCUCCAAACACCUGCAAAUUCUACGUCUGGUGUGUACAAGGGGGUUACAACUACACUCUACCAUGCCCCAAGUAGGUCACAUUGAUGUAUUCAAUAGCAUUGUUAAAUAAUGGAACAGUUAACAGAAAGAGUGUGCUUCAAUUGAAACACAGGCAACAAUACAAAAGGAAUCAAAACCCCAUGGAUGCAAUGAACCCGGUGAUGGCCGGUAUAAGUUCAUGUCAUUGGUGGCCAAGUAAGUUCAUGUCAUGAACCCGAUGAUGGCCGGUGUAAGGUCAUGUCAUUGGUGGCCAAGUAAGUUCAUGUCAUGAACCCGGUGAUGACCGGUAUAGGUCAUGUCAUUGGUGGCCAAGUAAGUUCAUGUCAUGAACCCGGUGAUGACCGGUAUAAGUUCAUUUCAUUGGUGGCCAAGUAAGUUCAUGUCAUGAACCCGGUGAUGGCCGGUAUAAGUUCAUGUCAUUGGUGGACAAGUAAGUUCAUGUCAUGAACCCGUGAUGGCCGGUAUAAGUUAAUGUCAUUGGUGGCCAAGUAAGUUCAUAUCAUGAACCCGGUGAUGACCGGUAUAGCCGGCUAAAAGUUGAAGAAUAUUAUGUUAGUGUUUCAACUUAAAAAUCACAAAAAAAUAUGGCCAUAGCAUCCAUCUUCGUCUAUAUAAGUUUUACAACAUAAUAAUUACAUAUGUUGGUCCGCCCUGCUGCAAAGACGCGAGGUGCCAAUUCGUGAACUGCUGUUCACCGACGAUGCCGCCUUAACAUCACACACAGAAGAAGGUCUGCAGCGGUUAGUUAAUCGCCUCUCAUGCGCAUGUAACGAGUUUGGACUGACCAUUAGUCAAGGCACAACUGAGUCCCCUCCAAACAUAACUAUUAAUGGGCAUGAUCCGUCAGUAAUUGAUAAUUUCACAUACAGUAUCCCAUAUUAUAAGCCACAGGUAAUCUUAGGCGUUAAUGAAGGUAUCAGCAGGGGGAGAUCAUUCUUGUUAAAAUUAGUUAAAGUAAAGUAAGCUUCUGUUUCCCUUUAACUGCAGCCUAAAGUAGUUCACAACAAACAUUACAUAGGGUUAUGGGUUGCUACUUGACUAAUAAAUAUCUUUAUAAACGUCAGUACUGGAGCUACAAUCUCACCUCCUCGCUUUUUUAGAAGGGGCCAGAUUAGGAGGGCUGAAAAAAAAAGGGGUGGGGUGCUGAGACAGUUAAAGUAACAAGGGCGCAGUGUUAUGCGUAGCUGGACCCCCAACAAAAGUGAUACAUACACUGAUUGUUUUAUAUCACCAUGGCUCGAUCGGUCUAUUUAUAGCAACUGACAACAUAUUAAUAAUAAUAAUAAAGUUCAUUUAAAAAACACGCUUCAUCCCCAAAGGCUCGAAGCGCGGUACAAAGUCAACAAAAAACAUAUCUAUAAUUCACCACAUUUAAAACAAACGCAACACUACAAAAACUAAUUACAAGCAUACAAUAUCAAAGUCUUUCUAGCCAUUUCAACCCGGAGCAACACAGCAACACAUGGAAAAUAAGGUAGACAAUCAUCCCAGAAGGUAUUUGCGAAAUAGAUGUGUCUUUAGAUCGGUUUUAAAGGACUCCAGUGUCUGGUUGUUUCUAAGAUCGACAGGAAGGGCGUUCCAAAUUGUUGGACCAGCAAAUGCGAAAGUGCGCUUUCCGUAAGUCUCAAGGCAAACACGUGGUGUCGAGAGUUUGCCACUAUCGGAUGAGCGGAGCUCUCUACUGGGUACAUAAGGCGUCAGCAGCUCUUUCAGAUAGGACGGCGCCAGGUCAUGUAAGCAGCGGUAGCACAAAGUUGCGAUUUUGUACUCUAUGCGAGCACGCACCGGCAGCCAAUGCAACUCUCUCAGAAGUGUUUUUGCAUGGUCGAAUUUGCGUUUGCGGAGAACUAUGCGAGCCGCAUUAUUCUGUGCUAUUUGAAUUUUAUCCAGGAGCGUAGCUGGAAGACCCACCAUGAGAGCAUUGCAAUAGUCCAUGCGUGAUAGCACAAAUGCAGACAUCAGCCUCUUUGUUGUAUCAAUAUUCAAUUGAAUAUUCCCCAUCGUUGAUCCGAAAAUACUAAUCAAGGGUAGAAAGUGCAAGGGGUGUGUGUGUGGGGUGGAGAGAUGGCCGUCUGCAAACACACUAAAUGAUACGAUCUGAAAUCAAUUGGAGCUCCAGAAAUAAUUACAAGCGUUAAAAAUAGUUUCUCAAAUUUGAGUAGUUUGUAUUUUUAAAUUGCUAAUUUUUUUUUUUCUUACAAAUCUUAAUCGUCUUCACAGAUUGUCCUUUUUCAUUCAUCGCUUGGCGACAUUUGUGUACAUCACUGAACCCUACAGAUACCAAAUGUUAGACUCUGAGUACGAUGAAUGUAUGAGGAAAGACCCUUACACCGUAAGUAGUGUUAUUACGUCAUGUACUAUUGUGUUGUAAUCGGGCGGUACAAAGCCUAUGUAGUGUUCUUCUGACACGUACAACAGUGUUGAAUUGGGGCGCUUAGAAAUGACAUGUUGUGGACUUUGACUUGUUGGUGUGCGGGGCCGCAAGGGAUCAAUAGUUAGGAUAUGGUUUGCGUGGGAUCAAUUAUAAGAAUAUGAUUUGCAUGGGAUCAAUUGUUAGGAUAUGGUUGAUAUGGAGUAAAUAGUUAGGAUACGGUUUACAUGGGAUAAAUAGUUAGGAUAUGGUUUACAUGGGAUAAAUAGUUAGGAUAUGGUUUACAAGGGAUAAAGAGGAUAUGGUUUGAUCAAUAGUUAGGCUAUUGUUUGCACGUUAGAAACUUAUCACAAAAUCAAAAUUCAUUAUACAAAAAUUCUAAUGUUUCAACAAUUCGAUAGAUAAAUUUGCAUGUUAUUAGUUUAGCACAUUUUUCAAAAUAAAAAAUGAAAAAUACCACUCUAGCUUACAUAUGUCUUUUACGUCUAUAAAUAUUUGUCUUCAAGUUACUAUCCUAGUGUCUCAUUUUUUAUUUUGCUUAGUUUACAUGUUUUUAAUAAUUGUAAAGCGCUUAGAGCUUUAAGGUAAACGCUAUAUAAAAAAUGCUUAAAUAAAUAAAUCAAAACAAUCUUACGACUUUGGUGUCCGUGGUCUGUCAGGUUUCAUCACAGAUACCCCGCACCUAGUUACACUUAAAUCUGGACUCAGAUACCCCACACCUAAAUUUGAACUCAGAUACCCUGCACCUAGUUAAACCCAAAUCUGAACUCAGAUACCCCGCACUUUAUAGUUAACCUAAAUCUGGACUCAGUUACCCCACACCUAGUUACACCUGAAUCUGGACUCAGAGACCCGCCACCUAGUUACACCUGAAUCUGGACUCAGAGACCCGCCACCUAGUUACACCUGAAUCUGGACUCAGAUACCUCACACCUAGUUACACCUAAAUCUGGACUCAGAUACCUCACACCUAGUUACACCUGAAUCUGGACUCAGAUACCCCACACCUAGUUACACCUAAAUCUAGACUCAGAUACCUCACACCUAGUUACACCUGAAUCUGGACUCAGAUACCCCACACCUAGUUACACCUGAAUCUAGACUCAGAUACACCGCCACCUAGUUACACCUAAUGCUGGACUAACCAAUUUCUUGGUAGUUUAUCACAUCCAUUUCUAUACCGAGGCAUAACAAAAUGAACAAACGACCAGAGCUGUCACAUUUGUUGUUUGUUCAUGAAGCGUUCAAUCAGCUUUUGAUGCCACUGAAAGUCUGAACUGAUUUUGAGACGAAUUUCUACCAUUUCAGGUUGAUGAGAUUGAAGGAAGAACUACAACACGCAGAGCUUAAAGCCACAAUCGCCCUGAACACAUUGUGCAUUCAUUUUUUUUUUAAUUUACAGUAAGCAAAAAAAUAUCAGUUUAAUGCCCCCCCAAAUAAUAAUAACAAAUAAAUUUUAAAAAUAAACAACAAACCAAAAAAAAAAAGAAGCCAAAAAAAAAAAUCUUUUAUUGUGUUUAAUUUGUUUUUUUUUUUUUUUUUUUUUUUUUUUUAAUUUAAAGAAAGCAAAAAAAAAACAGUUUAAAGCCCCCCCAAAAAAAAAAAAAAAAAAAAUUUUAAAAAAAAACAACAAACCAAAAAAAAAAAGAAGCCAAAAAAAAAAAGCUGGUACUGGCGUGAACGUGGCUUUAGUCUGUUUUUUUAAAAUCAGAAAGCCAAUGACAAAUUUUUUAUACUUCAAAACAAUAAAGACAUUUUUUUUGUAAAUGGAGUUAUUAAUCAUUCUUUGUAUUUUACGUCACUUUGUGUUUACGUCACUUUGUGUUUCACGUCACUUAGUGUUUCACGCCACUUUGUUGUUCACGUCACUUUGUGUUUCACGCCAAUUUCUGUUUCACGUCACUUUGUGUUUCACGUCACUUUGUGUUUCACGCCACUUUGUGUUUCACGUCACUUGGUGUUUCACGUCACUUUGUGUCGUACGUCACUUUGAAAAAAAUAAGAAAGAAAACAAAGACAAAAGUCAAAACAUCAACAGCACCACUGGUGGAUGAGACUCGGAAAUAUUCCUCGAAGAAGAAUGCAAACUCUGAAAUCAAACCCUGAAAUGGCGCUAUGACAUUGACACGAUGAAAUUUCCAUAGGAUCCAAUAGUCAAGGACUAGACAGUGAGGCUCUCCCCAACUUUACACAAAAUACAGCAAUGUCCAACGCUACAUUGUCUUAACAAUUUUUUUUCCUCCAUUAUUUGGUGAUCUUUUAGGUACAUUGUUUAUAACUAGCUUAAAGUGGCCAUUGAUCUAUUUAAUUUAAGUUAUUAGAUUGUGUUUGUCGCAAGAAGAAAAUACCUAUAUUUUUUAGUACAUUAACAUACUUUGCCUAAUUAUAUAAAAAAAACUGAAUCACUAUUUUUUCAAGUAGUUGUAAUUGUAUAUUUCUGUUGAUUCAGGUUAGUAAAAUGAGUGGUG